GGCGCGGCGUGCGCCGGCGCGCGCCGGCGCCCCCGCGCGCCCGUGGCUGGCUGCAGGCGGCCAUGGGGGCGGCGCUACUACGUGGCGGCAUGUCGGCGCGGAGGAUCCGAUGUGCAACAAGAUUUGCGACGACGGCAACGACAGAGGCAAUGGGCAGGCUGCAGUUCCAGGAGCACGGCUGGGUCCCGGUGAGCGGCUGCGACCCCAUGUCCCGCGGGGCGCAGGGCCCGGGCGGCCCCUCGCCGCCGGGCGGCCCGGGCGUCAGCUGCUGCGCGCACGUCGCAACCGACUGCGACCUACAACGCCUCGUACAUAGUCGUUGGCGCCCACUUCAAGACGUAGCGGGUCGAUACCAUCCACUGUCGUGGGCCACCGUGGCCGCCGUGGCGGCCCUGGCAGUCGCGGCCGCCGUGUUCGCGAGGGCGUAUGGGUGGGAUGGGCGACAGGUGUGGUUUUUGGCUACGUGAGCACCGUGGUCUCCAGGUACACUGGCACAGGCGGGGCCGACCAGGAAGACGGCGUACCCAUACCACGGGAGCUCGUCGGGAGCUCCUUCUACAGGAACCGGAGCGCAGACCUCUGCUCCUUCCAGCGGGACUCCGUCAGUGGCUUCUUCACAGGCGA